AUGGACCCAGGCGAUGUUUGGGACGUUCUUCUGGUGGUGUUUCUGGUGAUGUUUGUCUGGUAUUACGUCCGGGAAACCUGGAUAAGCGGUCAUGGUGGGAAAACCCCUCCAGGUCCCCCGUACAUCCCUGUCCUGACACCUAUAUGGACGCUGUGGAUAUUUCUGCGUGACGGGAUCUGGGCGUGCACCGCCGCGUACUCCGCUAAGUACGGGGACUUCGUGAGGGUUUGGCUCGGGACCGAGCAGACUUUCAUCGUCAGCAGUCCAUCAGCUGCUGCGCAUGUCCUGAAGUCCAGUAACUACCGAUCUCGGUUCGGCGACCCUUCUGGGCUUGCGCAGAUCGGCAUGCAGAGGUCAGGGGUCAUCUUCAACAACGACGUGCGCAGCUGGAAAUCCUUCAGAUUCUUCUUCGUCAAAGCACUCUACAAGGAAGUCCUUGACAGAGCGGCCGGUGUGUCCGCCAUUGCUACCAGACGACAACUGGCCAACAUCCGGGACAUGGCUUCAAGUAACCCGGAUGGAGCUGUCGACGUCGUGACGCUCAUGCGCAGAAUCACGCUGGAAAUCGGAAACCGCCUUUUUCUGGGGGUCAACAUAGAAAAUGAUCUGGAGGUUGUGGACACAAUCAACGGUUAUUUCGCUGCUUGGGAGUUCUUCAUGAUACGGCCCACAGCGCUGCAGUUGGUACAACCCAGUCUGUACAGGAAACACAAGAAAGCAGUGAAAGCUUUGCAGGACGUAGUAGGGAAGUUGGUGGAUAAGAAGAGGGCCUGCAUGGAGGGGAAUGAGGCCGAGGAAGAAUUCAGCAUCCCCAAAGGCGAACAUGACUUCGCCGCUGCGCUCAUCCAGGCACAGGAGAAUGGUCAGUUGUCGGCCUGCUGUGUCCGGCAGAGCGUGACAGAGAUGCUAGUGGCCGGACCGGACACCAUGUCUGUCAACAUCUACUUCAUACUGCUGCACAUCGCCGAGCACGGUCUGGAGGACGGGAUACUCAGGGAAAUCAGGGAGGUCGUCGGAGACCGAGAUCCUACUAGAGAGGACCUCAACAAGAUGGCGUUCCUCGAUCACGUGAUCAACGAGAGCAUGCGCACGAGGCCGGUGGUGACGUUCGUCAUGCGCCGGGCCGAGGAGGAAGAUCACGUGGACGGUUACGUCAUACCGAAGGGGUCAAAUGUCAUCGUUAACCUAGUGGCCGUGCACCAGGAUCCGCGGAACUUUCCCCAGCCGGAGAAAUUCGACCCGGAUCACUUCAAAGAAAAGGUGCCUUCUACCCAGUUCAUGCCGUUUGGCCUAGGCCUGCGCUCCUGUGUAGGGCGGACCAUCGCACCUGUCCAGAUGAAGGUCGUCAUCAUCACCCUACUGCGCAUGUACCAACUGCGCCCGUCACGUGACCACCAGAGCCUCGAUGUGAGCCGGAAUCUGUCCGAACAUCCGACUGAACCUGGGUACAUGUUUCUGUACCCGAGGGUGGAAACAAACAGCUGAGCGCUUGAAGGCAGCCAAAAUAUUGGAGUAUCGCCCAUUGAUGCAUUGUGCGUGCAGCACCAAGGACAGAAACCAGUUAUCAUCAUCAUUCCAUAUUUGAAGCGUUUGAAAUAGCCCAAAAAGCUAUAGGGGUGUCUCUUUCUUUUUUGGGUACUCCUAAUAGAGAUAGAACCAGCCUACGGUAUAAAACAAACAAAUGAGCGCUUUUAAAGGCAGCCAAAAUAUGGGAGAUCGUCCAUUGGGGCAUUGUGCGUUCAGCACCAAGGACAAGCACCAGUUACUGAUAUACUAGUAUCGUAUGGAAGUUAAAGGCGUCCAAUGCAAUUUCAGGGCUUAAAAACUGAAUGUUCAAGUUUUGUUUUGUCACUUUUAUGUAGUGUCAUCAUUGGUGAAAAUACCUUUUAUUAACGUAUGGACAUAGACAAGACCUGCGUGUAUAUAAAUUGGACAUACAGUUGUUUAUUCGGAAAACAAUUGAUGCUAGAUCUAUCAAGACAUAGGAGCUGUGUAGUAAUGGAUCGACACGUCAACAAUUAACAAACUAAAGGUAUUCUUACACAACCGAAAAGUUACUGUCAAAGCAGUGCCCUGUUGUAUUACUACUAGUCGCCAGGAGGCACUUUUGUAAACAUUUGUUAUGAAUUGAUAUACAUUGUUCGAGGAUGUUUGAGACAAUGGUAUUUAUAUUUUUAUCCAUGUAGGGCACACGUAGCAUUUAAGACAUUUUUAAUUAGCAGUUAACACUCUGCCAGUAUUUGACAACUACAAAUAGUAGCACAAAACUGGUGAAGUUUAAACUAUACAGUACAAUUGCACGUAUCCCACUGACUGUCUAUGUAUAAUCUAUUUAUCACCAGUACUCUUUCUAAGCAGUUAUCACUACUGAUAUCGCGAGCAUUUCUAUACAUUUUGUAUCGUUAUUCCUGCCGUAGUUCCAUAUUUAAUUGCAUUUAUUCCUACAUACAUGUGAGGUUUUGGUUCGGUUCUACGGGUGUGUCUGCUAGGUUUUACUUCAUUGAUUGCUCUAUUAAUUGUUCUAUUGAUUGAUUGAUUGAUUGAUUGAUUGAUUGAUUGAUUGAUUGAUUGAUUGAUUGAUUGAUUGAUUAUUUCACUAUGACUAACUCUCAUAAAUACAUACACUACUAGUAUCUCAUGCCUAAUAGUAGUCUAUACAAUUUACUAUCAUAAUGAUUAUACACAUAUGUGCAUUUUUGGAUAUACCCAAUAAAAGGCCCAUACUAGAGAUCUCUAUCAACUUUAUGUGUUACUAUCCAUUUCCCCUUAAGAAGGCCUAGUGGAGGCUAAUAUUCAUAACCCCUUAGGAAGGCCUGGUAGAUGCUAUGUGCUACUAUCCAUAACCCCCUUAGGAAGGCCUGGUGAAGGCUAUGUGCUACUAUCCAUAACCCCUUAGGAAGGCCUGGUGGAGGCUAUGUGCUACUAUCCAAAACCCCUUAUGCUACUAUCCAUUGCCCCUUAAGAAGGCCUAGUGGAUGCUACUAUUCAUGAGCCGUUAGGAAGGCCUGGUGGAGGCUAUGUGCUACUACUAGUGUUCAUGAGGCGUUAAGAAGGCCUGGUGGAGGCUAGCAUACAGCCAUAAGAAAGUCCUAUAGAGGUUAGGGUUACGUUCGU